CAAUACGUUCUCCAGACCUGAUCGCGACGUUCCGCGAGAGCAUCGUCUUUUCCGCCGCCCGUGCUGAUUCCAGGACCAAUCUCGCAAAGCGUCCGGGCCGCUCUAGUUUACCUGAACUCUUCUUUUUAUAUAUACAACAAAACCUCGUUUCAUUUAAUAAGAAAACAGUAAAUUAUUAUUUUAUACCAGCUUCGUUUUUAUUUUUAUUUUUAAAGAAAGGGGAAUUCUCAUAUUGUUUGUAUUUUAAUUUAAUUUAUUUUUUCCCUUACCGUACCGGGUCAUUUAAUUAUAUCAAUAUUUAAGGAUUAUUUCCGCCGAAGAAGCAGUUGACGUCUUAUCCAAGAUCCCUUGGUCUUUUACUUAAAAAGACAAAACAAAAACGAAAAGAUUGUGCGAAACAUCCCGAUUUGAAGCUUCAUUGAUUAACGGAGACAGGGGAAGUCCAGCAGCCACCAAGGACAAAAGAUCAAGAGGAACCCAGGCCGCUGAUAGGAACCCAAAGAAAUUAAUUGGCCUGCUUCAUCUCUGGAACUUAAGAACGGUAUCCUGGAUUCCAUCAUGACCAAAGCUGAAAUGAGCAAGCUCAACACUACACCGGAUGAAGAUAGCAGCAGCUAUAGCUCCAACAGCAAUUACUUCAACUACCCCUACCCAUCCAAAACAGCUGCUCUGGAAAGCCCUUAUGUAGACAUGGAUCCAGAAAACCAAAACUUUUUACUUGAAUCCAAUCCUGGAAAGAAGAAGCAACAUCAAGGUACUACUUCCUUUGGAAUGUCAGUAUUUAAUCUGAGCAACGCUAUAGUGGGCAGUGGCAUCCUUGGACUGUCUUAUGCCAUGGCAAACACUGGAAUUGCUCUCUUUGUAAUUCUUCUCGUGUUUGUGUCGAUAUUUUCCUUGUAUUCAGUUCACCUCCUCUUGAAGACUGCCAAUGAAGGAGGGUCUAUCUUGUAUGAACAGCUGGGAAUGAAGGCAUUUGGCAUGGCUGGGAAACUAGCAGCUUCUGGAUCUAUUACAAUGCAGAAUAUUGGAGCUAUGUCAAGCUACCUCUACAUAGUGAAAUAUGAGUUACCAUUGGUCAUCAAGGCAUUUAUGAACAUCGAAGAGAACACAGGACAGUGGUAUAUCAAUGGUGAUUAUUUGGUUAUACUGGUAUCGUUGGGACUCAUUCUCCCUCUGUCUCUAUUGAAAAAUCUAGGUUAUCUGGGUUACACCAGUGGAUUUUCCCUACUGUGCAUGGUCUUCUUUCUUAUUGUUGUCAUUUGCAAGAAGUUUCAGAUUCCUUGUGGGAUGGAGCAUGAUUUGGUUAAUGCGACACUGAAUAUUAGUCUAGAACAUCUGCCGACAGCAUAUGAACCUUUAGCCAAUAUGACUAAUGAUGACAUCUGCACACCAAAAUAUUUCAUCUUCAAUUCACAGACGGUCUAUGCUGUACCAAUCCUAACAUUUUCAUUUGUCUGCCAUCCUGCUAUACUUCCCAUUUAUGAAGAACUGAAACAGCGAAGCCGGAGAAGAAUGAUGAAGGUAUCCAAUGUGUCAUUUUUUGCCAUGUUCCUUAUGUACCUCCUGGCUGCCCUCUUUGGAUACUUGACAUUUUAUGGAAAUGUUGAGCCAGAGUUGCUUCAUACGUAUUCUGAAGUCCUUGGAUCUGAUGUUCUUCUCCUUAUUGUGCGUUUGGCUGUCCUAAUGGCAGUAACUCUUACUGUACCAGUUGUCAUUUUUCCAAUCCGCAGUUCCAUCAACCAGUUGUUGUGCGCUGACAAAGAAUUCAGUUGGUUGCGCCACUGUGCUAUUACAAUAGCUCUUUUGAUUUUCACCAACAUUCUUGUGAUCUUUGUUCCUACAAUUCGAGAUAUCUUUGGAUUCAUUGGUGCCUCUGCUGCUGCCAUGCUGAUCUUUAUACUUCCAUCUGCUUUCUACAUUAAGCUAGUGAAGAAGGAAUCAAUGAAGUCUGUCCAGAAAAUUGGGGCUCUUCUUUUCCUGCUUAGUGGCAUAGUCGUGAUGGUUGGCUGUAUGACCUUGAUCAUUCUGGAUUGGACCAGCAAUCCUGUUUCUGAUGGUCAUUAACUCUCUGCUUUGGACCAGUGUUCAUUCAGCUAUCUACUGACAGAAAGAACUUCUCACUCAUGUUUGCAGUUCUGCUUCCUUUGAAAUGCAGAUUCUUUGAUGCUGGUUCUUCUAAUUGUAGAAUAGGUGAACUUUUUGAAAAAAGAAACUAUUCUGCACAAUGGGAAUGGAUACUAACAUCAAACCACCUGAAUCGUUGGCUGAGGGAAGUGACUAUUUAUUCCAUUCCAGAGAAUGGACAGUUGUCUCUGUAAAAAUUUAUCAAGCCAAGUUUGGCUUUUGUCAUUGUUAACUUGGAUAUUUUAUUAUUUACUUGAAUGUGCCUAAUGGAAGCAAUUGAUGUGAGAAAUGUUAGUUUACAGUAGUGGGGCUAAGCUAACCAUUGAAAGCAAGAGAGAGAAAACACUAUUAUUUUUAUACCAAAAAAAAAUUUAUGGACCUCAAAGGCACUAUUUUGACUUUAAGAAAAUGUUUUGUAACUUUAUGAUUCAAAUAAGAUCAGAAACAGAUCAGCAAACAGUUUAAGUCUAAAUUCAGCAUGUUUUUUUCCAGUCUAUAGAGAGGCAUAUCUUUAAAAUUAUAUUUUUGCCCAUAAGAAAUUAUUUUUUAAACUUAUUAUUUUAAAGACUGACAAAUUGGCGAAACUUGAACUGUAACUAAGUUAUGCAUGUAACUUAGUCUUUCUAAACCCAAACAGAUAUUUGUUAAGGAGACCCCAUGGUCAUAUACCUAACCCAAUCAACAUAAACUGCCUUGCCCUAUUUCUACUAGCUAGUCAUUCAGAUUCUCAUAUUUCUUUAAAAGAUUCUGUACCAUGAGACUGGAUGAUACAUUAAGCACUUGUGUGUCCUGAGCAUUGCAUCAAUUCCAAUCAGAGCUCCAGCUAAGCAAGCUUGUAAAAAUCAAUUAGGGCUACAUAGGAUAAGUGUUUUGGCCAGUUCUUGAUACCAGUUCAUGAUAGUGCAAUCUUAGCAGUUUUCCUCUUGAGGUACUUAAUAGUGCAGUUAGAUAAAUACAGAAGUUGCUUCUUCCCUGUUCAGUUGCCGCUGUGCACCAAAUCCAUAUGUUAUCAUUGGACAUUAAUAUGGAGUUCGUUUACUGGCAGCAGAUGGCUUGAUUUUAUUUUCCGAAAACAGUAAAAGUGAGGUCCUACUAUCUUCUACAGUAUUCACUGUACAAAAAUUUUCAGCUUUACCUUAUAAUCCACUAUUGGGAUUUACAUUAUUUUUGACACAUAAGAUUUCCUAAUUGCAUAUCGAACAACAGGCAUUGAUGAAUGCAGUAGAUGCUCUCUUCUUAAGUCAACUGGGAUUCCUACAGGAACCAAAAUUUACUAUUAAAAGAGAGAGAGAGAGAGACUAUGAUUGACUACAUUGCCAUCUCAUGUGCAUUUGUUUCUAAAACAGAUGUGUGUUGUUUGAGCCUUUUGUUUGUUUUAAAUACAGUGGUUCUUAAGAGCAUGAUCCUUCCACUUUUUUGCAAAGGGAUCACUCUAGGGCAUAAGGGAUCUUUGUCCUCUACAUACUGUCCUUACUCUCUUCAGUGUGCACAGCUGAACUCUCAGUUUUAACAGAUUUGUGCAUACAUAGCUCUCUUGUGCCUGCACCACUUUUCCUACCCAUCCCCUCCACUCAACCAGGGAAUGUCAUAAGAAGGGGGACAUGAGAAGCAUGUACAGACUUCCCAUUUCCUGGAUCACCUAAUAAUCUUAGGAACUUGUGUUGAAUGCUGUGAUAAAUCUGUGGAUUGGUGCUACACCUGCAUAGGGAAGGAUCAUGUUAAAUAUGCUUGUUACUGUGUGGCUGUGUUCAUUAAAUUAUUUCAGUCUCCAACUGAAGACAUUUGGUACUUGCAUAAGAACACAUCCAGCUUUGCUUUGUACCCAAAUAUUGUUGGAAAGGACAUAUUCUGUAAGACGCUAUACAGACAAAGUUUCACAGUGCAGUACUUUGUCGACUGCUUUCAGUUAGGUUCCUCUGGAACCAUUUUGGAAAUCGACUUAAAUUCAAGUUGUAGUUGGAUUAGUGGGAUCAAAUGAUGGCAUCAAUUUAGCUAAUGAAACCAUUGUGUUUUUUUGGUCUAAAAAUUGUCUAGGGCCAUUUUUAUUAUUAAGCAAGUGUUUGCUGUUUUGUCUGAAUUUUGUAUCUGAGAAUGCAGGUAUUUUCAUCUGUAUUUCUACAGGGCAACUGCAGGCCAUUAAGGCUGCAAUCCUGAUUCCACUGAAGUCAGUAUCAGUAACAAACUGCCUUAAUGAAAAAUGACUGUAAUUCUCCUGCCUACCCAUCCAUUCCCUCCACCCACACUUUCCAUUAGUGAAUGGGUUAGUGUUUGAAUCCAUUCAGUUGUGCUGAGCAGGGCAAUAUGAACUGUACUUGAACAAUAAUCUCAAAAUAAUCCCCUGCUGAUUGAGAAUCCAAGUAUCUGAGGACUGCAAUGUUCUAAAUUUUCACGGAUCAAUUUUUGAAGGAAUUGCUGUGGAUAAUGUAAGACAACAUUUUAAUUUAUUUGUAUCUCAGAACUGGUACUGGCUUCAUGGAGCAGAAGUAUAUUGCGCAUUGGUAGCAGAUCUGUGUGACAUAAUGGAAAUGAUGUUUCUCUGUUUUUACCUAUUGCACUAGUCUAGUGGUAUGCGGCUUAACACCAUUUUUGAAAUAAGAACAUGUGAAACAAGUUUCAGUUAAAAUGGCAGCUCUUUACCCACCUA